AUGGAGAUGGAGAGUGAAACACAGCAGUCAAAAUUUAGGAGGGUUUGUGUGUUUUGUGGAAGUAGCCAAGGCAAGAAGAGUAGCUACCAAGAUGCUGCUAUAGAGCUUGGUAGAGAAUUGGUUUCAAGGAACAUUGAUCUGGUCUAUGGGGGAGGAAGCAUAGGUUUGAUGGGAUUGGUUUCACAAGCUGUUCAUGAUGGUGGCCGCCAUGUCAUUGGAGUUAUUCCCAAGAUGCUCAUGCCACGAGAGUUAACUGGUGAAACUGUAGGGGAAGUGAAGGCUGUUGCAGAUAUGCAUCAAAGGAAGGCUGAGAUGGCUAAGCAUUCAGAUGCUUUUAUUGCCUUACCAGGUGGAUAUGGAACUCUUGAAGAAUUGCUUGAAGUGAUUACUUGGGCUCAGCUAGGAAUACAUGAUAAACCAGUUGGCUUACUGAAUGUCGAUGGAUACUAUAACUCGUUGCUUUCGUUCAUCGAUAAAGCCGUGGAAGAGGGAUUUAUUAGUCCGAGUGCACGCCAAAUCAUUGUCUCUGCACCCACGGCUAAAGAGCUAGUAAAGCAAUUAGAGGAAUAUGUGCCCUGCCAUGAAAGUGUUGCUUCAAAGUUGAGCUGGGAGAUGGAGCAAUUUGGCUACUCUCAAUCAUAUAACUUGUCCAGGUAGUACUUGGAGGUGCACGGAGGAGAAGGUAUAUAUGGAAAUUGUUAAGGCUCUUGGGAAAAAAAAGACUUGAAAUUUUACUUCAAUGGGGGGAACUCUUAUUUUUGUUUGUAAAUCACUGCCAUUGACAUCAAUA